UGUCAAUUGAUGUGUCAACAAUACAAAAAAUUUAUAUUUUCUUGUAAACAAUGAGCUAUAAUUUAGAAAAAACAUGUCGAACAUGUUUUCGUGAAGAUAAAAAUGUAACUUGUUUUGAAAGUGCGUAUAUAAGUUUGGAUGAAAGAUCCGUUUUAGCAUCAGAUAUUGUGAAUUUACUGGUGGAUUUAAAGGUUUCUGAUGAUUAUCCAAACUUGAUUUGUCCAGAAUGUGUUCAUAAAGUUACAGAUAUAUUUAAAUUUAAAAUUCAAUGUGAAAAUGCUCAAAAUAAUUUAAAAACAUAUUUUGAAACAUACAAAGAAAAAAACAACGAAUUUUUUAAUGUUGACGUAAAAGUUGAAAAUGAAAAACAUUUUAGUGAUUUUGAUGCCUUCAGUGAUACAGCCAAUGAUACAGACGAAAAUUUGGAUGAAUGUGAAAAUAAGAAAAAGUUAAAAAGAAUAGUUAAAAAAAAAAUUGAUGAGGAUAAUUCUGACGAAGAUAAUAUGGUAUUAAGUGAAUUAGCAAAAAAAGGAGGCAAAAGAAAAUACACUAAACGUAAAAUUAAAACAGAGAAUUCAGAAGAACAAAACUUGGAGGCAUUUUAUUGUGCUAAAUGCAACAAAACAUUUAAAACAAAAUAUAUAUUAACAGUUCAUGAAAAAAGACAUUUAUACAAAGGCCAAUUUUUAUGUACAAUAUGUGGAAAAGGAUUCAACUCAAAGGGCUGUUUAACAAGACAUGCUCGUGUGCAUACAGGAGAAAAGAAAUACAAAUGUGACAUAUGUGAAAAAAUGUUCCCUUCAUCGAACAAUCUCAAACUUCACUCAAGAAUACACAGUGGAAUCAAACCUUAUUUAUGUACAAUAUGUGGAAAGUCUUUCAGUCAUCCAACUGGUUUAACCUACCAUUUCAGGACACACACCAAAGAAAAACCAUAUACUUGUGAAAUAUGUGGAAAAUCAUUUGCAAUUCAAUGUCAUGUUGAUAGACACAGAAAAAUUCACACUGGUGAAAGACCAUUCCCAUGUUCUCAAUGUGAUAGAGCAUUCAUUAAGAAAAUUGAUCUGCAAAGACAUGAGGAUGUACAUAAAGGAGUAAAACCUUAUGUAUGUUCCGUGUGUACAAAACCAUUUCUUAGAAAAAUGCAUUUGAAUUAUCACAUGAUGGUACACACUGAAGAACGGCCUCAUAAAUGUCCUGUGUGUGGAAAAGGUUUCAUUCGUCGAUACUAUUUAAAAGAUCAUAUCAUUAAGCAUCAUGGUCCAAUUGAGAAUUAUAAACUAGAACAAGAAUCUGAUUAACUAAUAUUGACUUAUAUGAAGCAAUGACUAAGGAACAAGUGAUGUGAAAAUUAAAUAAAAAUACUGUUUCAGUGUUGCCAUAGAAGAGAUAUGUUUAAGAAAUUUUUAAAAUAUUUUAUUAUUGAUGUAAUUGAUAAUAAUAUCAAAUGUACAAUUUAAAAUGU